UGUAUAUUUGAGAGCUUUAUUUUCAGGCCGCUUUACAACAGAUGCAGUUCUUCCUCUUUUAAGACAAUCACACUUUACUCCUACUCUUACUCCAUCCAUCUGUCAUCUCUCAAGACAGAUCGAAGCACCAAGCUUUUUAUGGGACAAUAAUUUACAAGCAAACCAAAAGAGAGAUACUAAGGGACGAUCCAGAUAACAUCAAAUACACAAAUUUGCUGUGUUUCUGGUCGGGAGAGGAAGACUUUGAUUGUUUGAGCUCCUGACUGUGCUCUCAACCAGCAGUCAACAAUGGGGAAUGCCAAAAGCAGUGCUAUGUCUAAAGAGAUCCUGGAGGAUCUGAAACUUAAUACAAAAUUCUCAGAGAAUGAGCUGUCACAGUGGUAUGAUAAUUUUCAGAAGCAGUGUCCAUCAGGCCGUAUCACACCAGAAGAGUUUAAAAAGAUCUACGAACGCUUCUUCCCAGAAAGUGACACGACAUCAUAUGCCCAGCAUGUCUUCCGCUCCUUUGAUACGAAUGAUGAUGGAACACUGGAUUUCAAGGAAUACAUUAUUGCGCUGCAUAUGACAUCAACUGGAAAGACAGAGCGUAAGCUGGAGUGGGCCUUCUCACUCUUUGAUGUUGACAAGAAUGGCUACAUCACCAAAUCAGAAGUGGGAGACAUCUGCCAGGCUAUCUUUAAGCUGAUUCCUAAAGAGGAACAAGACAAGCUUCCAGCAGACGAGAGCACUCCAGAGAAGAGAGCAGACAAGCUGUGGUCUUUCUUUAAUAAGCAAGACAAUGACCGAUUGGCUGAGGGGGAGUUUAUUCAGGGCAUUCUUGACAAUGAAGAUGCUCUCCACCUCAUUCAAUAUGAGCCCCAUAAGUAGAAAGUGAAAACAAUGAAAUUAUAUAUUUUUCCUCUGGCCCUUUACUUUUUGCAUUUUGUUUGUUUUUAACCUUCACCUGUUAAAUCAGAAUACAUCUGACUGUCUUCUUGUAUUAGGGCUAUAUGUUCGAACCAUUUUGUAAACAUUAUCUGACAGCUCAUUAAUCUCAAUAUGUUUUUGAGUGAGACCUCACAAUAAGACAUGAUAGCAGUAGGAGGAUAGGUUCUAGUGAUUCUCAUUAGUGUCGACAAACAAGUUUAAUUGUAGAGUGUUUCUUAUGGGAACAUGCCAUUAUGAUGAAAUACUUUAAAACAUGUAAACAAAAAUGUAUCACAAUCACAAAAGCCAAUAAUUUUUUGUUUUUACAAUGUUGUGUAAUUGUUUAGGUAGGGUAACAGUUCAAUGCAUCCACUGGAAAGGCCAGCAUGUUUAUCUCUGUCUGCUAGAGGGGCAGAGGGGUUUAACAUUCUUGUGGCAAAAUUACCCGUAAUCCUGGAUUAUCUUUGUGUGUGUGUCAACUGCAAAGUUUGGCCAGACGGUGAUAAAAACCAAAUAAUGCUUUGUGAACACAGGUACAUUGAAUUUUAGCCAGUAUACAAGUAAGUUUGCAAUAUUUGUUUGAGUGUGUCUGUUAAAGAUAUAUAAAAGAGCACUGUUUACUAACAGUUU